UCCGCUGCCUCCUAGUCUCCGAGCUUGGGACCCUCGGACCCGCGUCGUCGGUGCAGAGAGGCCAGAGUCGGAGCGUCUCCCGAGUGCCUUUCGUCUGAGAAGUUCAAGGCGCUUUGCAGAACCUGUGCCACAGGCCGCGCGUGGGUCUUGCAGCCCAUUGGAAAGCCAUGGCCGCCAUCCGGAAGAAGCUGGUGAUGGUUGGCGAUGGAGCCUGUGGCAAGACUUGCUUGCUGAUCGUUUUCAGCAAGGACCAGUUCCCGGAGGCGUACAGACCGAUGGUGUCUGAGAACUACGUGGCCGACGUGGAAGUGGACGGCCGGCAGGUGGAGCUGGCCUUGUGGGACACGGCCGGGCAGGAGGACUAUGAUCGCUUGAGGCCCCUCUCCUACCCGGACACGGACGUCAUCCUGAUGUGCUUCUCCAUCGACAACCCUGAUAGUUUAGAAAACAUCCCGGAAAAAUGGACUCCGGAAGUCAAGCAUUUCUGUCCCAGGGUGCCCAUCGUCCUGGUUGGGAACAAGAAGGAUCUUCGAAAUGAGGAGCGCAGAAGGCGGGAGCUGGCCAAGAGGAAGCAGGAGCCGGUAAAACCGGAGGAAGGCAGAGAGGUGGCCAACGGGAUUGGCGCUUUUGGGUACGUGGAGUGUUCGGCAAAGACCAAAGACGGGGUGAGGGAGGUUUUCGAAAUGGCCACGAGAGCCGCUCUGCGAGGCAGGCGUGGGAAGAAGAAGUCCGGGUGCCUUGUGUUGUGAGCUCGUUCUGAAGUGCUUGUUCGUUAAUCCUAGUGGGUGACUCCUGGCCUUUUCAUUCACCUAUAACUUACCGGAGAUUACAAACCAGAAGUCAUCUUGCUACCGGUAUUUAGAAGCCAACCAUGAUUAUUAAGGAUCCAGCCCACCUGGCCCUCCGGGUCCUCUGACACGGCUCUAACAGCCCUCCUCUGCACUCCCACCCGACACACCAGGCGCUGAUUCAAGGAAUUCCUUAACUUCUUGCUUCUUUCUAGAAAGAGAAAUGGUAACUUUUGUGGGUUAGGCUGUAACUACUUCCUAACCAGCAUGCCUGGCCUGUCAUCUGUCAGCUGCAAGAUGCUCUGGUGAGCUACCGCUUCAGAGCUUUACUCCUGAGCAGAUUCAUUGUCGGGCCACUAGAGAGGGCAUCCAGUUUUUUCAAACUGUGCUCAGCCAGAGAGGCCAAGUUCAUGCAGCUGUGGCAACGUCACAGUUCUGUGGUUUCAUGUUCGUUACCUUAUAGUUACUGUGUAAUUAGUGCCACUUAAUGUAUGUUACCAAAAAAUAAAUAAAUAUAUCUACCCCAAACUAGAUGUAGUAUUUUUUGUAUAAUUGGAUUUCCUAAUACUGAUAUUUGUCAUCCCCACAGAAAGUGUGUUGGUUUUUUUUUU